AUGUCCUCCCCCUUCAAUGAGCUGCAAUCGACCGUGCCGCUCCUCAUGAUCCUUCACGGGCUCUGCGAAUUCCACCGCCGCAAGGCGAACGCCAGUCAGAAGCGUCUACAUCAGCGCCAGCGCGAGGCGAGACUGAAGCGCAAGCUCGGUGAGGCUGAGGCGGAGGCAGUAGAGUCGAGGCUGACGAAGAAGGUCUGUCCAAGUAUGCAAGACACUUUCGACCCGACCACGAUCGACCCGAUUCCCCACGAAGCCCCUUUCAUCCGUGCAACAGCGUGUACUGUUGGUACCCACGCGGAGCAGCUCGUCAACCCGAACUUUAUGAUGGAGUUGUCGAUGCCUCUGCCUUUCACGGCAUUUUCGCCUCUAGAGACGACGCAGUGGACCCCGUCGAACCUGCAACCGGCCCAAGACGAAGCCGGCUCAGCUAUCGUGUAG